CGAUCAUGUCAAUUCGUGUUUUCGCCAUGUAUGGCCGAUCGAGGCGGAUGCGAAUAUUCCUGAUUAUCUGUUUUCUCGCCGCUAGCGCCUUCCGAGGAUUAACGGAUGGCCUAGCACUCGUCCUUGCUAUGGGCCCAACAUCUGAAGAAUAUGUACUUUCUGGGACGGGAGUCUGCACUACGUCCAUAUCCCCCAUGGUGCCCUUUCUUGACGGCAUCCCAAGUCUAUGCAUCGAGCUUCUAUUUCUCGUCCUUGCCGCACGGGUCCUCGUGGAGCAUUCUCGUGAAAUGCAGAGAGUACGUUCAAGCUAUAGAUUUGGUGAUGGUCAUGGCGACAGUCUUGCCAUUCUUAGGGACCAUGUACUGCAUUUUUCGUGCUAUGUCAUACUGAGCAUCAUGCAAGUUGCUGCUAUAUCCACGAAAAGUGGUACCGGUGGGAGCCGGUGGUAUGGAAGCACUGUAAUAUCGCUCGUCACCAUCCAGCAAUGUGUCCUGGUCCCUCGACUGGUUAUCAGUACUCGAGAAUAUUUCUCUCGGGUCGAUUAUGAAUUGGACAGUGUCACAGAUCUCGGCCUUAUGGAAUUCAACACAUAUAACUCCGAUGUAAAUACGUCGGCUUGAUUCACGAUACCACCAUCCAAUUGGGUGUGCACGAACAUAGAUGAUAAACGGCAGCAGAGCAGGUCCAAAUAAUGGUGUCAAUGGAGCAACUUACAAUAUGCAGGAGCACCGUCUGGUCCUCCAGGGGAGGUGAACCACGCUGAAUGGAUGGAUAAUACCUAAAUGUUGAUACACCGAACCCCUGUGACUCGGGAAUCAAGCUCGGAACGAUAGUGCGGCAGCAUGUAGCCGGAGUCUUCGUACCGUUGAUCACAAAGCAUUGGUAGUAAAUUUUCUUCAAUAUUUCAUAGCAUCAAGUUCGUCCACUUUGGUUGAGGGAAGGAGGUUCUCGUAUGAUAACAAUGAUCACAAGUUGGACUAGCAA